CCUGCGACACCACGACCUGCGCAGCACUCAUUUCUUUUCCCCUUCUCUUCCAACUCCCAUGUUCAACAAUGCGCUGUCGUAGCAGGUCUCAUCGGACAGCGAUUGAUUCUGCCGCAGCUGGGAAUAUGAACUCGUAAGGCCCGAUCUGCCUGAUCUAUCUAGACGAACUUCCUUAUGCCGAGCACCCUCACCCUCACCCGCCAUGACGAAGCCUCCUACUACCUUUCGCAUUGACAUGGAUGACAAGAAGUCUUGGAGUCCCGAGUCCUCGACCGACCCGUCCGCCUACGAGGGCGAUAUGCACCAGGUCAAAAGAACAUUUACACGGCGGCUCACCGAGAGCUUCAAACGAGACCCGAAUGCGAGCGUCACACGAUCCUCCUUCAGCGCUGCCGACCACCAUCACCACGCGUACGAUGCAGAAGCCGCCGCACAGGCGACUGCCUUCUCACCGUUGCUACGUCGACUAAAAGGCCGACAUCUCCAAAUGAUCGCCAUCGGCGGUAGCAUAGGCACGGGGCUGUUCGUAGGCAGCGGGAAAGCGCUGGCUUAUGGAGGUCCCGCAUCACUCUUGCUCGCAUUCAGCCUGACGGGCGUCAUGCUGUAUUGUACAGUGCAAGCGCUGGGAGAACUGGCCGUGCUGUUCCCAGUCGCUGGCUCUUUCGCCGCCUAUUCGACACGAUUCCUCGAUCCAGCAUGGGGGUUUGCCAUGGGUUGGAACUACGCGAUGCAAUGGCUGGUGGUCCUGCCGUUGGAAAUAGUGUCCGCUUCCAUCACAGUCGACUACUGGGUUCACAAUGUCGGACUCAACGCUGCAUGGGUCUCCGUCUUCCUCGUCAUGAUUUGUCUUAUCAACUUCUUCGGCGUCAAAGCCUACGGCGAGGCGGAAUUCGUCUUCUCUAUCAUCAAGGUCACGGCUGUGAUAGGAUAUAUCCUCUUGGGCGUCCUCAUCAACAUCAUGGGUGGUGUCGAUAGCCAGGGCCGGCCAGAUGGAAGCUACAUGGGUUUCCGUCUGUGGCACCACCCGGGAGCCUUUCACAAUAGUUUCAAAGGCCUUUGCAGCACUUUCGUCACCGCGGCCUUCGCCUUUGCAGGGACGGAGCUUGUCGGUCUGGCUGCCGCAGAGACAGAAAAUCCCAGAAAGACGCUACCGACCGCUAUCAAGCAGGUCUUCUGGCGUAUCACCCUCUUCUAUGUCGUCAGUCUACUGAUUGUCGGCACUCUCGUUCCCUACGACGACCCCCGGCUUCUUAAUGGCCGGAGCAGCGCUGAUUCCAAAGCAUCACCGUUUGUAAUCUCGAUCCAAAACGCCGGCAUCUCCGUCCUCCCUUCGGUCAUGAACGUGGUCAUCAUGAUCUCCGUCCUGUCCGUCGGCAACUCAUCCAUCUACGGCUCCUCACGCACUCUGGCCGCGCUCGCCGAACAGCGCCAAGCCCCGUCUUUCCUGGCCUACAUCGACCGCAAGGGCCGGCCCCUGUACGCCAUCAUCAUCGCCUCGGUGCUGGGCCUGCUCGCCUUCCUCGCCGCCUCGCACAAGCAGCAAGACGCAUUCAACUGGAUGCUGGCGCUCUCGGGCCUCUCCUCCAUCUUCACCUGGGGCAGCAUAUGCCUCGCGCACAUCCGCUUCCGCAAGGCCUGGGCCCUACAAGGCCACACGCUCGACGAACUCGCGUUCCGCAGCCCCGUGGGCGUCGUGGGGUCUUGGGUCGGCCUGAUUUUCAAUAUCCUCGUGUUGAUCGCGCAGUUCUGGACCGGUUUCAGGCCCGUCGGGUACGCCAGCGACUCGCCGAGUUAUCUCGUCAUCAACUUUUUCCAGGCGUAUCUGGCCGCGCCCGUUGUCAUCGUCAUGUACGUCGGCUACAAGCUGUACAUGAGGACGAGUAUCAUCAGGGCGAGGGACAUGGAUGUUUUCACCGGCAAGCGAGAAAUGAAUAUCAAAACUCUCCUUGCCGAAGAAAGGGCCGACAGGCUGAAUUGGCCGACGUGGAAGAAGAUUUACAAAUUCUUUUGCUGAGUACCGUAUGGAGUUGCUGUGGAGGGUGGCGUUCUGUUUCCCACAGGAUGUACGGAUUUCCGGGACACGAAUAUGACCCUGAUGAGUAUGAUAUUUUAUGGGUUCGUACAGCGAGCAGAUCGGGUCUGGCACGAAGGACGCGUGGCCGGAAUCCUAUUAUAUUCAAUGACAAAACAACUGCCGUUACUGCCAUGUUUCCAUGUUUCAAUCUCGGUCACCUUGAACUCCUACCCCCUUUGAUCGAGGCGAUCGCACUCCUCCUAUGGGCACUUUCGGCAAACAGCGCCCUGAUCAGAUCGACCACCUCAUCGGCCGAAAAUUCCAAGCUCAACUCGCCCUCGGUCCAUAGAUACUUGAUAUCCACCAGCGAGCUCUCCAGGAUAUUGAUCAGAUACUGAAACUUGAGCCAAUUCGUGACGUACACAGCUGUCAUCGGGACGGGGUCGUGUUUCUGCUCUUCCGCGCUAGGCGGCGACGAGAGGAACAGAUCGUCCAGUGAAGCGAUCUGUUGACAAAAGGCCGUCAAUCGGCGUGACUCGGGCUCCGAUAUAUCUUCCAUUUCCUCGAUCGAGUCAAUGACUUUGCCGAUGACCAUAGUCACCAGCGAGCCGAUACUCUGCAUCAGCGCGGACGUGGAGAGGAUUGGUCUCCAGGUUAUGUGGAGAGCGCGAAUCCGGUCGACCACGGCCGACACGGCGUUUUCAAUUUCUUGCGAGUAGGGGAACUGCGUGCACGACGUGAAGCCUUGUGCGCCUUCGAGGAGAUCCCAGACAAUGAGUCGUUGGGUUUCCAUUUCCUUUGAAUAUGCAAGCCGGGCAAAUUUCUCCAUUGCUUUGACGUCGGAGUCAACGUUGGGCAUCCUACCGUCCACGCUCAUGCCGCGCAGGCGUUCGGCAAUGUACAGUGAGUCGUUGUACCGGUGGAUGUCGGUCAGAGAAGGUGAUGACCCGUAGUAACUUGGUGCCGUGGCGCGGAACAUUGCCAGAGCUAAUGUGGGAAGAGCAAGUAGACCCCUCGAUGCUGACGACGAGUUGAGUCCGUCGUGCCCAGUUUCGAGGAUAGUCUGGGCGUCAGAUAUGUCUUUGCCUAUGAUCUGGACCAGGUGGUCCGGAAUAUCGGUAAUGCUGUAGAGUUCGGUCAG